UGGCAACUUUCUUUUCUCUUAGAGCUUUUUCUCCAUAACCCUUGAAAGCACCAACCGCUCCGGGGUCUCUGCCCUCAUGCUGCAGGGGCGAUGCUUCAUACGCAGCACUUACAGGACAGGUUGCCAGUGACAGCCGUCAUGUUUGUUUUCGCUCAUUCUCCGCAGAAGGUUCCAUUUAUUAAACGAUCCAUGGAUUCACAGAUGCAUGAUGGGACACGCAGACACGCACCACCCGAUUGGCUGGCUGAGGACAAAAGGACGAAGGGACUGCUGUUGUGGUGAUCAGACUCCUUUAAGGAGAGGUGAAGGUAUAAAGCAUAAGACCUGAUGUGGAUGUGAAUUCAGCAUGGACCAGUGUGAUGACAGAGAGGAGGCAGUCCCUCACUCUGAAACCACUCUGUGUGGGGAACAUGAGAGCCAGAGCAAAGUUCAGUGGAAACAACCUGAAAAAGAGCCUGAACCCAGUUGUGUCUCAUUUAAAAGUGACAUGUCAAUGCUGCUGCCUUUGACUUUUAAACAAAGUGAUUCAUCUGAUAAACAUCAUCAUCAUGCUGCACUGUGGGACGAGGAUGAAGAGCAAAUGAGGAGCAACAGAGGUGCCUUGAUGAAGAGCACACUGAAUGUCCAGGAGGAGCAGCUGGCUGACCAUCUGCAGAGCAAGCUUGUGUCCCAAGUUUGUCGUGAAAAUUUUCAAUCAUCUCAGAAGAAGAGGUUCCAGUACAUGUUUGAGGGGAUCGCUAAAGCAGGAAGUCCAACCCUUCUGAACCAGAUCUACACAGAGCUCUACAUCACAGGGGGAGGGACUGGAGAGGUCAAUGAUGAACAUGAGGUCAGACAGAUUGAAACAGCAUCCAGGAAACCACACAGACCGGAAACAACCAUCAGACAAGAAGACAUCUUUAAAGUCCCACUUGGAAGAGAUCAACCAAUCAGAACAGUGAUGACAAAGGGAGUGGCUGGCAUUGGGAAAACAGUUUUAACCCAGAAGUUCACUCUGGACUGGGCUGAAGGCAAAGUCCACCAGAACAUCCAGUUCAUUUUUCCAUUCACCUUCAGAGAGCUGAAUCUUCUGAAAGAGAAAAAGUUCAGCUUGGUGGACCUUGUUCAUCACUUCUUUACUGAAACCAAAGAAAUCUGCAGCUUUGAACACUUCCAGGUUCUGUUCAUCUUUGAUGGUCUGGAUGAGAGUCGACUUCCUCUGGACUUCCAGAACCAGGAGAUCCUGACUGAUGCUACAGAGUCCACCUCAGUGGAUGUUCUGCUGACAAACCUCAUCAGGGGGAAACUGCUUCCCUCUGCUCGCCUCUGGAUAACCACACGACCUGCAGCAGCCAAUCAGAUCCCUCCUGAGUGUGUUGACAUGGUGACAGAGGUCAGAGGGUUCACUGACCCACAGAAGGAGGAGUACUUCAGGAAGAGAUUCAGAGAUAAGGAGCUGGCCAGGAGGAUCAUCUCCCACAUGAAGACAUCACAAAGUCUCCACAUCAUGUGCCACAUCCCAGUCUUCUGCUGGAUCACUGCUACGGUUCUGGAGGACGUGUUGGAGAUCAAAAAGAGAGCAGAGCUGCCCAAGACCCUGACUGACAUGUACAUCCACUUCCUGGUGGUUCAGACCAAAGUGAAGAAGGUCAAGUAUGAUGGAGGAGCUGAAACGGAUCCAGACUGGACCCCAGAGAGCAGGAAGAUGAUUGAGUCUCUGGGAAAACUGGCUUUAGAUCAGCUGCAGAAAGGAAAUCUGAUCUUCUAUGAAUCAGACCUGACAGAGUGUGGCAUUGAUAUCAGAGCAGCCUCGGUGUACUCAGGAGUGUUCACACAGAUCUUUAGAGAAGAGAGAGGGCUAUACCAGAACAAGAUGUUCUGCUUUGUCCAUCUGAGUGUUCAGGAGUUUCUGGCUGCUCUUCAUGUUUAUCUGACCUGCAUGAACUCUGGUGUUAAUCUGUUGGAGAAACAAGAAACAGCUGAGAACUCUGAAAUGUCUGAUACCAAGUCAAUAAAUUUUUACCCGAAUGCUGUUAACCAGGCUUUGCAGAGUCCAAACGGACAUCUUGACAUGUUCCUCAGAUUCCUUCUGGGCCUUUCAAUGGAGACCAACCAGACUCUCCUAAGAGGUCUGAUCAAAAAGCCAGAACGUAGCCCAGAUACUAACCAGAAAACAAUCAAUUACAUCAAGAAGCAGAUCAGAGGAAAUCUGCCUGCAGAGAAAAGCAUCAAUCUGCUGCAGUGUCUAAAAGAACUGAAUGAUCGUUCUUUAGUAAAAGAGAUCCAGGAUUCUCUGAAAUCAGGACAUCUUUCAUCACCUAAACUGUCUCCUGCUCAGUGGUCAGUUCUGACCUUCAUCAUACUGGAGAAGAUGAAGACCUCAUCAGAAGAACUGGAUGUGUUUGACCUGAAGAAAUAUUAUGCUUCAGACGAGGCUCUUGAGGGGCUGUUUCCUCUGGUUGAAACCACUAAAACAAUUCUGCUUAGUGGCUGUAACCUUUCAGACAGAAGUGUUGAUCUUCUGUCCUCUGCCCUCUGCUCUCCGGCUUCUUGCCUGAAGGAUCUGGACCUCAGCAACAACGACUUGAAGGAUUCAGGAGUGAAGCUACUGUCAGCUGGACUGGAGAGUCCACAAUGUAAACUGGAAACUCUCAGACUGUCCGGUUGUCUAAUCACAGAGGAAGGCUGUUCUUUUCUGGCAUCAGCUCUGAAAUCCAACCCCAACCAUCUGAGAGAGUUGGACCUGAGCUACAAUAACCCAGGAGAAGCUGGGAUGAAGUUAUUUUCUUUUGGACUGGAGGAUCAACACUGCCGACCAAAGACUCUUAUGUAAGGACAUCUACAGCUACAGGAAAUAUCCAAGAAAAUCUUGAAGCAUUUUUAUUUUCCUUUAC